AUGAAUUUAACCGAUAUUCGCGUAAUUUUUUUGUAUGACAUUCAGCUUCGUAAUAAUGCUACAAAAGUUGCACGCAACAUAAGCCAAGCGUUUUGGGAGAAUACAGUUAACGAUCGAAAAGUGCAGCAUUGGUUUGAGAAAUUUCGUUCUGAUGAUUUUUCACUACAAAAUGAUCCGCGUGGAAGACCCAAAGCUUCUUUGAAAAAUGAUGAUCUGAAGGCAUUGGUGGAAGCGAAUUCAACUGUAUCCACGAGAAAACUUGCUACCAGGGUGAACGUUGACAUACAGCAAUAUUACGACAUCUUUCUGAAAUUGGCAAGGUAA